AUGGUCAGCACGAAGUACCCGAACAGAGCGGAGUCGUUGCUUGGGACGCUCACCGCACGAUACGGAGAAAUUGCCAUAGCCAAAGGACUCGUAACUGCAAAGCAAGCUCCAAGCUCAAAGGACAUUGCAACGAAGUUACAAACCCAACAGUUGGAGGGUUGGCUUAACAGCCAGAAGUCCGCUGUGGACGUCUUCAACCUAUUGAAGAUCAAAGACGAUGACAUAUUAUCGUUGAUAAGCCGAAAGAUGGAAACGUUGAAGCUAUAUAUCAAUCUCUUUAAUUCAAAGAAUCCCGAGAACAAAACGACUUUAUACGCUACGCUUCGAGAGGGCUUCAAGGGCGAAGAUCAGCUUGCCCUUAUGAUUUCGCGGGCAAAGGAUUCCUUACGAACGUCCGAGGCGGCCUCCCGAUACCGGCAUAUGAUGUUUCAGGAAUGGAUUUUAAAAGAAUACGAUCCAGUGAGUGUUCUUACCCAAGUGUUCAAGAUUCCUGAAGAUCAUUUGUUUUCUGCUAGCGAUCGAAUGCGAAUGAUUAAAGAUCAGUACAAGCGGCGCUACUACUGGGUCAAUAAUAUCAAGGAGCCCGAAGCCGUGAGUCCUCGGCGUUUUUAA